GCAUGAAGAAAUAUAUGCGUCAUAUGAUUCUCCUCACGUGACAUGUCGUGAUGGCGGCUACGUCUGUUUUCCAGAGAGUGAGAACAGGCUCGAAAAUCGGAGCCCAGUAUGAUCAAGAGGGCAAUCUUAUCAAGGUGGAGACACGGGAGGAUGAGGAGCAGAGCAUCAAGCUUGCAGAGAUUUUGGAGCUGUUGCUCGCAGCAGGUUAUUUUAGAGCACGUAUUAAGGGACUAUCACCCUUUGAUAAGGUGGUCGGAGGAAUGACUUGGUGUAUAACAACAUGCAACUUCGACAUUGAUGUUGAUCUGCUCUUCCAGGAAAAUUCCACCAUUGGCCAGAAAAUUGCUCUGACGGAGAAGAUUGUGUCGGUUCUGCCAAGAAUGAAGUGUCCUCACAGGCUCGAGCCUCAUCAGAUCCAAGGGUUAGAUUUCAUCCACAUCUUUCCUGUUAUACAGUGGUUGGUAAAGAAGGCGAUUGAAACCCGGGAGGAGAUGGGUGAUUAUGUUAGAUCAUAUUCCAUCUCUCAGUUUCAGAAAACACAUGCAUUUCCUGAGGAUGAGGAGUUUGCAUUAAGGAAGGAAAGAGCCAUCAGCACUGUGGUGAAUGUUUCUGAGGUGUAUGCUCCUCAGAGGCGAUAUAAACGUCAGGAGGAUGCAGGUGAUCUGUUGGAUGAGGAGUCUCGGGUUCAUUCCACACUGCUGGAGUUUGGCAGUCCGUGUCUUCUCAUAUCACAGUAUAUGCAGCGCUAUGGAUUUAGCAAACAGUCUAAAGAAGGCACAGCAGCAGAGCAGAAGCAGGUGUUGGCUCAGGGCACACAAGCUGCGCCACCUGGUAUGACCAACGUGUCUGAGGAAGAAGACCUGCAGGCUGCAGAAGAGCUGAAAAUUAAAGCCUUGAUGACUGGAAUGGCUGCAAUGGCUACAGAGGAGAGGAAGCUGUCAGCCAGUACAGUGGGACAGAUUGUUGGGAUGCAGUCUGAAGAGAUCAAGCAAAUUGUCACAGAGUAUGCUGAGAAGGCCGAGCGUUCGGCUGAGGAUCGGCCUGAGAGAUUUGGACCUGCACAGCAACACCGCCGUCAACUGGCAUCACUCAACAAACAAAUUGUGCAAAAAACGAAAGAGCUGGAAGAGCUGCAGGUCAAACAGCAGGAGGUCAGAGCAGCAUGUGAGGAUGCUAAAAGCAAACUAGCAGAGGCCACCACACGCACUGAAACGCUAGAGAAAGAGCUGAGCUCUUUGGAGGAAGUGGAGUCCGAGGCUGAUUCUGGGUUGCUGGAGAAACUUCGUGCUUUGGUAUCCAUGAAUGAAAACCUGAAACACCAAGAGCAGACUUUCCGCUCGCACUGUCGUGAGGAAAUGACCCGUCUGCAGCAGAAUAUUGAAGAGUUGAAGAUGGAGUAUGGAGAUGAUGGCGACGAUAAGAAGGAAAUGAAUGUGUUGAUUGAUCAGCAGUACGGUGCAGACAGAGAAAAGCUGCAGAAGAUUCGUCUGCUUAUGGCUCGGAGGAACCGUGAGAUCGCUAUCCUGCAGAGAAAGAUAGACGAAGUUCCCAGCAGAGCCGAGCUGACACAGUAUCAGAAGCGAUUCAUUGAACUGUAUAGCCAAGUUUCUGCUACACAUAAAGAAACAAAACAGUUCUUUACACUUUACAACACAUUGGAUGACAAAAAGGUUUACCUGGAGAAGGAGGUCAAUCUACUGAACUCCAUACAUGAUCAUUUUCAGCAGGCCAUGGCUUCGUCCGGUGGUAAAGAGCAGUUUCUUAGACAGAUGGAGCAAAUUGUGGAAGGAAUCAAACAGAGUCGUAUAAAGAUGGAAAAGAAACGACAGGAGAAUAAGAUGCGCAGAGAUCAGCUGAAUGAUGAGUAUCUGGAGCUUCUGGACAAACAGAGACUCUACUUUAAAACUGUCAAAGACUUUAAAGAGGAGUGCCGAAAGAAUGAGAUGCUAUUAUCCAAACUGAGAGCAAAGGGGGCUUCAUAACAGCAGGAUACCCAUCUACCCUGAACAAAAAACACAAAGCAGCACUUCAAACAUACACAUUCCUUCAUAUCUGUGUUUGUUUUUCAUGCAAUACUGAUGCUGAGAUCAGAGUUGCUCUCAGAUUGAUAAACCACACAAACACAUUGGGUGUGUUACCCUCCAUUUUUCAUUGCAAGUUCAUGUAGGAGCUGCCCAGUAUUACCCACUUGAAGCGUGCUAUUAAUAUAGUUAAAUUGUAAUGUUUUCAUCUGUGCCUUUUUACACCAAGUUGAACACAUUUAGUUUACUUAUAAUGUAAUGUGAUUAAUUUUCUAAUCAUGUUUCUUGUUUGUAGCAUGAGCAUAAUCGGCAAGAACAAAGCACAUAAAAAGAGCAAAAGCUA